AUGAAUGCCAUCAACAAUACGUUCUUGGCUGGUCCCCGUCGCUGCAUCGACAAGCCUGGAGUUCCUCCUGCUUCCGGCCUGCACUUCGAUCACAGCAAUGGGCCAUUCCUCGAGCAGUUUCCCGCUGUCAUUCUCUCUCAGAUUCUCCUCGAACUCGAGCCGAUCUGGUUGUUCCAGAUCGAGCGAGCUAUUCCUAGCAUUGCUCUGUUCCUGACGCACAAAGAAGCCAACUUGAUCUGGUAUGGUGUGCUCCCACCAGCCCUCUUCUGUACUCCUGAAGCCUUCCAGAACGAGAAGCAGACAGAGCUGGCGAAGCGCUAUUUCUACGACCGAGGUGAUAACAAAACUCGGAUCGUUGACGUCACCAUCGGGCCCAUCGAGCGAAGACAAAAGAACGUUGUAUCCAUCGGUGUUUUGCCCAAUAACCGCAUCGGCGACAGCACUAGUCUGAGAAGAAUGGGCAUUCAAUGGCUUGACAACUGCUCAAGCACAGCUAACGAGACCAAUACGAUUCAGUCCUUCGACCACCUCCAUCGCUCUAGCUCUUUCCCACUCAUCAAGUCGUCCGACCCCGACCGCGGCUCGAAGUAUCGCGUCCGAAACCUCGCACUCGGCGGACCCUACGAGCACUACCUGUCCUACCGCCGAGAAAUCCUCGGUCACUUCCAUGCUGGUGUGCGUUGCGACAUCUGCCUCGAGAUGCUCCGUAGCAGUGAUCGCAAGACCAAGAUCAUCGGACUACUGUUGUGCCAAGGCUGCCUCGGCAAGUGGACGAUCGAUCCAAACAAAGAGCAAGGUCGAGUCAUUGAAUACGUCAAAGAUGUCUUGCCCCAUAUCGCAAGCCCCCGCACUGGUUUCAACCGUUCAGUUCAUGCACCCAACGGGCAGAUUCCACUCUUCAUCUGGCUGCCUGUGGCCGACUACAUCGUUCGAGAUCGACUUGGCGUUGACUAUCUGACGGCCAAAGCCAAGGCAAAGUAUUUCGAUCAAAUCAAGCAGCUGAAAAACAAAGAUUCUAAUCUUGCUGUUCUUCGUCGCAAGCUCCGCCACCAAAUUGUUGCCGCUGCCGAAAAGAUUCUCAAGGAAUGUAAAGCUGAUGGAAUGGGCCAGGCUCUCAACCUCGAGCUGCUCAAGUACUGGAGUCAGAGCUUCUUGCCCUGGUCUCGCGUUGGUGAGGUGCUCUACCCUCCAAAGGCUCUCGAUCGAAUCGCGUUGCUGAUGCCCCAUGAGUGUACGGACGUCUAUCCCAGAGACCAGACCUUGACGAUCGAGUCGAGUGCUGCAGCCAAACGUUUUGCGCAAGAUGCGACGUCCAUUGAGUCUGCCGCACGUGCAAUGCUGCAAGAGCUCGUCUCUUCGCCCAACUCGAUGACUAGGCUUGUCGAGAUCGCCACACAGUACCAUACCGCUCGCUUGCUUCCCACGUUUCAUCCGGAAGGGCUUAAGAAUGGCGUCAGAUCAAUUGUCUCCAAGAAACGCUUCGAAUCGCCCUUUGUCUACUCCAGACGUCUCAAGGUUAUUUUUGCAAAGCUCCAUACCCACCCAGAUCCUAGGACCCAAGCUGUCGCUUUAGUUCCGAAGGGUGGCGGUAAGGAGCGCGUUCUCAAGCUACUUCCCCGAAUCGUGGAAGGGGCUUGUCUGGUUUGCCCAUACUCUGGUACACUUGCCCCGCGUGGUCUUGCUGGCGUCAUUGAGCACGUCCGAGUCCUCCAUCCCGAUUUGUUCUGGGGCCGCAAGCACAUCGGUAGUCAGGAAGCACGUUUCUACAUCAUUGGUUGA